AUGAAGAAAUCGAUCGGUGGCGACAGUGGCAAUGAGAUACCUGCCAAGAUGGAUCAGGAUAUUGGAUCACUAUUUAAGAGAAGUGAGAUAAUCGGACGCGGAAAGUUUGGAGUGGUGUACAAGGGAUACCAUGUUAGAACUAAGCAGGUUUACGCGAUUAAAGUACUCAAUCUGGACUCAGACGAAGAUGAAGUCGAAGACGUCCAGAGGGAGAUUCAAUUUCUUGCGUCGAUGAAGCAAGUUCCCAACAUCACACAUUACUACGGAUCAUAUCUCAAGGAUACUAGUUUAUGGAUCAUUAUCGAGUAUUGCGCAGGUGGCUCCUUGCGUACGCUUCUGCGACCCGGGAAGAUCGAUGAGAAGUACAUCGGCGUGAUCAUGCGGGAGCUCUUGAUGGCGCUGAAAUAUAUUCACAAGGACAACGUUAUUCACCGUGACAUAAAGGCGGCCAAUGUGCUGAUAACGAAUGAUGGGCAAGUGAAACUUUGCGAUUUUGGGGUGGCAGCUCAGCUUAAUCAGACGCGUUCCAGAAGACAGACUAUGGCAGGCACGCCGUACUGGAUGGCGCCUGAAGUGAUAAUGGAGGGUGUGUACUACGAUACGAAGGUUGAUAUCUGGUCAUUGGGUAUCACGGCUUAUGAGAUUGCCACAGGAAACCCACCAUAUUGCGAGGUCGAGGCACUUCGGGCAAUGCAACUCAUUACGAAAUCGAAGCCUCCGAGGCUGGAGGGUAGAAACUAUUCGGCGUUGCUCAAAGAAUUUAUCGCUUUAUGUCUCGAUGAAGAUCCCAAGGCAAGACUGUCAGCCGAGGAGCUGCUAAAGACAAAGUUCAUUAAGACUCAUAAGGCAACUUCCUCUGCAUUGCUAAAGCAACUAAUUUCAAGGUACUUAUUGUUCAGGGAUAACAAGAAGAAGACACGAGAAAGCGUCUUCUUGGCUGACGAAGAUCCAAGAGCCGAUCACAAAAAAUAUUUGCAAAAUGACCAGCUGAAUGGGAAGACUUCCGAGGACAGUUCAGAUUUCGAGGUCGAUGUAAAAUGGGAUUUCGACUCCUUAAGCUCGGCCGACUACAUAAUAGAAAAUGAUAUUAAUCUCGAGGAGAUACCAGAAGGCUCCGCUUAUGAUUGGGCAAGCGCACAAGAUCAACACAAUUAUGCAUAUCCAGACGAAGAUCAAUUUUACUGUUAUCCCACCAAUAAUAAUAACGGGAAAGUGUAUCAGGGCACUACGAUGGGUAAAACCCAACCAGGUACCAUGCUCUACAAUUCAACAUUAAACGCGCCGCUAUCCCAUAAUAACACUACGGGCAACUUCCCCACCAGAAUGAUGAAGAGCGUACGAACAAAUCCAACUGUGGGGACAGGAUCGCACACUAACUCUGGUGGUGCAAAAAGGUCAGAGAUGAAAGUUCCCAAAAAGCUUUCAGAGCUCUUCGAAAAGGUUGAACAGACGAACGAAAAUAUCCCCGGUGAACCUGAACUGUCAAGAAUCAACCGAAAUGUAUCACAUUUGCAUAUGGGAAGCUUGCCAGAAGAUACAGCAGCUCUUCCGGUUAGCGAGCUGCCAGCUGUGCGUCCUCAUGUUGGUGCGAUCAACAACGGAAAUUUUCACAGCCAAAGUACUCCUGUUCUACCGGUCAUUCAGACAAAAUUCAGCAAAGCUACAAAGGGCCCUCCAACAGCCGUUACCACGGCCCCAACUCCGAUAGAAAUUGAGAUUCCUGAGGAGCUCCCGACAACUACAGCGGCUGGUUCUUCCAAUUCAGAUGCGCUUGCUGCUUCGCAUACCAAGCCAAGAUCAUCUACUGUUUCAACUCCUGGGCCGACUUCUCACCCAAAGGCGCCAGGUAUAUCGCGGCGACUCACCGUCGGCACCGCUGUAGCGCCCGUUUCUAGUAAUCGAGGAAUUGAUGAAAAGCCUAAAAAGAUGAGCAACUCUCCUAACGAUAAUGCGGAAUCGAAUACCUUGUCUUCGAACGUUGCUAACAUAGCAUCAAGCGGACCCAGCAAUAAGCUUCCCUUAAAAUCUCCAUCUCCCACAAGGUCAUAUACAAAUCUUGGUUCUUCCCCAACGAAAAGGCCUGGAAAUUCACCGACUACAGGAACUGCUCAACCGCCAACUAUGAAAGCUCUAGGCAAUGCUGGUGAAAAUAAGGACCCGCUUCUGCAGCCUAUUAAUACUAACUUGCAUAUCAGUAACGAAAUUCACAACUCUAUGGCAGAUAAAGAAACAAGCCGGGUCAAUAGGGAUUUCAAGCGGAACAACCCAAAUCUGAAGCUCCAAAUGCCGCUUCCGACUAGUGUGGUUCCACACAAACUACUGGAUCCGUCUUCAUCUGCUGUGGCGGCCACAGGAAGUAAUAAUGGCCCUGCGGGGGAGAACAUCAAUCAGUUUGGCUUCAAUACAAGCAGUGCAUCUAAUAUCCCGGUCUCAAUGACGCCGAUAAAUGAGAAACAUAUUGACUGGGGCAAAAAACCUAAGAGAGGACCCAGCAUAAGCAAUAGGAAGAAUUCGCAGAACGCCGAUAUUUCGAUAUCGACUUCGACUUCUGGUCCAACGAUGAGUGUCAAUGGAGCUCAGAGCACAGUGCCGCUGAAUACCGGGCCGAUGAGUAGUAGCAGCCUGAGCGUGGCGUCUAUGUUCCCCAACGGUUCAUCAGCAAGCGUGACCGCCUCAGGCCAGCAGUCCUCACAAAUCAAUGCCUUAGGUGCGACCAAUUCGACCAGCAAUGCGAUUAGUAAUACGAAUGCGAGCACCGUGUCCGGAAAUUUGCAUUCUCCUACUGUAUUACAGCCACCUCCAUCCACGAUUAACAUGGGAAUCUUCCUCGAUGUUGACGCUAACAUGCCCGAUUCUAAUAGUUGGGUAGACAAGAAACCUCUAGUACUGCAUGAAUUAGAAGCGCUGCUAAAGAUGUAUGAAGAGGGAUUGCCAGUAAUAGAAAAUGCACUUAAGAAACAACUGAUUUCUGCAGAAGUCGCACAGGGAGACCACUAG